AUGGGCAGAGACACUGUCAGAGUAGGAGAUAAUGUGUUUGAGGAUGCCAUGUUAAGAGUGUAUGAAUUGGAUGUUGGAUUUUUUGGAGCAAUCUCAUGUAGGGAUAGAUACUGCAAGAUAUCAGGCACUGGUUGUUUGAUACAAGUCCAAAUGGGUGUAACACGAGAUGUGGUUAAAAGGUGGGGUGCUUGGGAUUGUUUAUUGUUGCCCUCUGCUAUGACAACAUCAACAAGAACGCACAACAACGUUUCAAGCAAGAACGUCCCCCACGAUCCGACAGUUUGA